UAAUACCAAGCAGAAAACCAUUUUUUUUUUGUCAUUUACAAUUACAACCGUCUUCUUCUUUGUUGGGUCGCCAUCGCAAAGUUUGUGGUUUGAGUUUCUGAAUCAAUUUCGAGGUCGUCUAAUCAACUAUUGGAGUCUUGGAGGGAAUGGAAACUCAGAAAAGCCAACCUGAAAUGCAGUCUUCAUCCGCUGCAACUGCUGCAUCCAUUGCUUCAUGUCGAAAGAAGAAGAAUGAAGAAGCUGCUUUCUUGGAUGAUUUGAAGGAUCACAUUGAUGAGUUUAUUAGUGCUUCUAUGGAUGAACACCAAAGUUGCUUUAAGAAAACAAUUAAGAAGAUGUUUAGUUUGUCCAAGGUAGUUGUAGAAGGUCACUCCAAUGCUUCUAAAGAAGUUGAAAGUUCUCUACCUCUUCAGACAACUAUACAAGACUAGAUUGAUUGUUUAUGAACCACUAGAUUUUUAUAGAGGCAUGUGGUUAUACCUCACGAAGAUUUGAUUAUAUUAGGAUCUCAUUAAAUAGAUAAAAGAUGUUUGAAACAAUAUUUUAUUUGUGAAAACUCCAUUCAUGUGUGCUUUUUUCCA